AUGGUGUCAAAGACCAGGAAACAACAUCAAAAGAGGAAAGAGGCGCUACGAGUGAAUGGAGGGGUCCUACCGCCUGUGGUUCCCUCUAAGCCCAAGUCGAUUCUCCAAAAGAAAACACUCCCAAAGAUGAAGGGGAAGAUGAAGAUUCGCCUUGGAUUGGAGUCCCCGACCGACAUUUAUACCGGGUUUGAGGACCAAAAAGGCGUUCUCUGGCGCUGCACAAGCUGCUCUCGGGAGUGUCGUGUGGUGGGGUUUUGUGUGAGCUGCGCAACCGGCGUGCGGCCGAAAAAGCACCAUGGGAUCCUCAUGGCGCGCCACGAGACGAACCCCAGGAAGGCCGGGAUCCUGCUCCCGAAACUGAGGACCUCAUCCACCAAAACACCUAAGCUGAAGCUAAAAAAGAAGAAAUAA